AUGGCUGCUCCCAUAACUACAACUACUGUCCGAAAUCGCAAAUCAAAAGUCUCUUAUUACUAUCAUGAUGAUGUUGGUCUUUACCACUACGGCCCUCAGCAUCCAAUGAAGCCACAUCGCAUUCGCAUGACCCAUAAUCUUGUGGUUAAUUAUGGUCUAUAUAAGAAACUUGAAAUCAAUAGACCUACGCCUGCUACUUUGAAAGAAAUGACCAAGUUUCACUCAGAUGACUAUAUCGAGUUCUUGCAUAGAGUUCAGCCAGACAACACAGAUGAAAUCAACAAAUAUCAGCAAAAAUUCAAUCUGGGAGAAGAUUGUCCAGUAUGGGACGGUCUGUAUGAAUUCUGUGCUUUGUCUGCGGGUGGAUCGUUAUCCGCUGCAUCCAAGCUCAACCGUGGCGAAUCUGAUAUUGCUAUCAACUGGAGUGGUGGUCUGCAUCAUGCUAAAAAGGGCGAAGCGUCUGGGUUUUGUUAUGUUAAUGAUAUUGUUUUGGGCAUUUUGGAACUAUUGCGAUAUCAUCAGCGUGUCCUGUAUAUUGAUAUUGACAAUCACCACGGCGAUGGUGUUGAAGAGGCUUUUUACACAACUGACCGUGUCAUGACCGUGUCUUUUCACAAGUAUGGUGAAUAUUUCCCAGGUACUGGUGAUAUUAACGAUGUAGGCCAUGGUCGAGGAAAACAUUUUGCAAUUAAUUUUCCUCUCAAGGACGGUAUUGAUGACGAGUCAUACAAGGAUAUUUUUUCUACUGUCCUCACCUCUGUAAUGGAGCGAUAUCGUCCGGGGGCAGUUAUUCUUCAAUGUGGUGCAGAUUCAUUGGCUGGCGAUCGUCUCGGAUGCUUUAACCUAUCCAUGCAUGGACAUGCGUAUGCAGUUGAUUUUAUGAAAAAAUUCAAUGUACCACUCAUGAUUCUUGGUGGAGGAGGAUACACAAUUCGUAAUGUAUGUCGCACUUGGACCUACGAAACAGCCCGUUGUGUUGAUGAAGAGCUUUCAGAAGAACUUCCUUACAACGACUACUUUCAAUAUUUUGGACCCAGCUUUCGUCUUGAAGUGCCCAGCACCAAUAUGGAGAACAUGAACUCUCGUGAAUAUCUCAAUCGCAUGAAAACCAAAAUUCUUGAAAAUCUUCGUCACUUGAAUUUUGCACCCAGUGUACAAAUACAUCAAGUUCCUCACGACACAUAUUCAUCUGAAGAUGAGGAGGAUGAAAACGAUGCAAAAGACCACCGCAUUACCCAAAAAAUGUCGGAUAAGCGAUUUGUGCCUGACAAUGAGCGAUCCGAUUCGGAGGAUGAGGGAGAUGGCAGACGGAAUGAGCGAUUAUAUAGAGAACGAUCUUUACUAUUUCAUGAUAAAGAAGGGCCAAAGGCAAAUUCUACUGGAUACCGCCAGCCCGGUCUUGGAUUGAAUUUCUCAGCUGCCAAGGAUGAAGAUGCAUCUUCUGCACCUGGUGGUGUAAAUGAAUCUACUGCCGAGUCGUCGUCUGCGCCUGCUUUUACAUCUCGUCAGACUUUUACUAGACCAACACCGAAUGAUGCCAUGGAUUUAGACGGACCACCGCCUCCUAGAAAAGCAAAAUUGAAUGCAGAAAUUGCUAUGCAGGAUGCAACAGAAGACGAGGAAGAGGCAGAUGAUGAAGGUGGUGACAAUGACGACGAAGAUCCCAAAAACUAUGCUGAAUAA